ACAAAAGCAAAAACCCCCACCCACAAAAUGGCCGACGACGGCCUCCUCCUCAACUUCAGCCUCGGCGACACAGUGCUCAAGCCCGAGACGCGCGUGAAGGGCGGAACAUGGCGCGACCGACUCAGCGUGCGAAAGAUGUCGCAACAGCGGGUGAAGAACCCGGAUGGGAACGCGCGGGUCGAGCAGGGGGCGCCGCGGAAUCCGAACCGGGUGCCGUUGCCGCUGUCUCGGCCGGUGAAGAGGCAGAGGGUGGAUGAGGGGGAUGAUAACGACAAUAGUACUAGCCAAAGAUACGGACACGGAUAUGGGCAUGGGCAGCAGCAACAGCAACAGCAACAGCAACAGCAGCAACAAUCCGGAAAGCCGCGGCAGAUCGUCUCGUCGCUAUUCUCGCGGAACCCGAAAGCGAGGAACGUGGAAGAGAAGAACACGGAGCCAGUGGAGGAAGCGAAGCCGACGAACGCGCCACUGAUCGACGGGCUGGAUACAUUCACGAACCUGGGCCUAUCGCCCACGCUGGCGGCGCAUCUCCUGACGAAACUGGAGCUGAAAGCGCCGACCGCGAUCCAAAAAGCAUCCAUCAGCCAACUCCUCAGAGAAGAAAGCGACGCGUUCAUCCAGGCGGAGACCGGGUCCGGAAAGACCAUGGCGUACCUGCUCCCCCUGGUGCAGCGGAUCAUGGCGAUAUCGAAGAACCAGCAGACGGCGGAGGCGGUGGUGCAGCGGUCCAGCGGAUUAUUUGCGAUCGUGCUGGCGCCGACGCGCGAGCUGUGUAAGCAGAUUUCCGUGGUGCUGGAGGGGCUGUUGCGGUGUGCGCAUUGGAUUGUGGGGGGCACGGUGAUCGGUGGGGAGAAGAAGAAGUCGGAGAAGGCGAGGCUGCGGAAGGGGCUGAAUAUUCUGGUCGCGACGCCGGGUCGGUUGGCGGAUCAUUUGGAGAAUACCCAGGCGUUGGACGUGAGUAAUGUGCGGUGGUUGGUGUUGGAUGAGGGUGAUCGGUUGAUGGAGUUGGGGUUUGAGAAGGAGUUGGCGGGGAUUAUUGAGAAGUUGGAUGCCAGGCAGAGACCGAGUCGCAUCCCGGGCAUUCCGGGCAAGAGGACGACGAUUCUGUGUUCCGCCACGCUGAAGAUGACGGUCCAGAAGCUGGGAGAGAUCAGUUUGAAGGAUGCGGUGCAUAUUCAGGCGGAUCCGGCGGAUGAGGAUGGCGAGGUCAGGAAGAAGGGCGAGGAGGAUGCGUUCCUGGUCCCUGCGCAGCUUAAGCAGUCGUAUGCGAUUGUGGCAGCCAAGCUGCGGCUGGUUACGCUUACGGCUCUGAUGAAGCGCACGUUUAUGAGGAAGGGGUCUGUCAUGAAGGCUAUUGUGUUCGUGUCCUGUGCGGACUCGGUCGACUUUCACUUCGAGCUGUUUACGCGGAAGCAGGAGCAGGAGGGCGCAGAGGAGAAGGAGAAGAAGAAGAAGAAAGAGAGUGACAAUGACAGUGACAGUGACAGUGACGAUGAUGAGAAGAAACCCGAUCUGUCGCCCCACGGAACCAUCGCGCCGGCGACGGCCUUCUCGAACCCCUCGAACCCGGUUACUCUCCACCGACUGCACGGUUCUCUGCCCCAACACGUCCGGACAGCCACGCUGGGAGCGUUCGCGAAAAGCCCCAACGCGUCCGUCCUCAUCUGUACCGACGUCGCCUCUCGUGGUCUGGAUCUGCCGAACAUCGACCUGGUGGUGGAAUACGACCCGGCGUUCAGCGCCGAGGAUCAUCUGCACAGAAUCGGACGUACGGCGCGUCUGGGACGUGACGGUCGUGCGCUCCUGUUCCUCAUGCCCGGCUGCGAGGAGAGCUACGUCGACAUCCUCAAGCGGAGCUACCGGGACGGCGGAAAGGCGCUGACACGGCUGGACGCAGACGGGAUCCUGAAGCGCGGGUUCGGCGGAAACGUGCAGUCGCAGAGCCUGGACUGGGAGGAGAAGGCCACGGAGUGGCAGCUGGACGUGGAGCGGUGGGCGCUGGAGGACAAGAAGUAUCUCGAGAUGGCGCGUCGCGCGUACCAGUCGCACAUCCGGGCGUACGCCACGCAUAUCGCCAACGAACGCCACAUGUUCGACAUCAAGGAGCUGCAUCUGGGCCAUCUGGCGAAGAGUUUCGCGCUGCGCGACCGGCCCAGCAAGAUCAACGUGCCGGGACUGCGUCAAGGAAAGGAGGAUCUGAAGAAGGACUUCAAGGCGUCGAGGAACGCGGCGGGCAGGAAGAGGAAGGCCGGGGACGAUGACGACGAGCGUCCCAGUGUCCACGACACGCGCACGGCCGCGCAGAAGAUGAGAGCCAAGAUGAAGGAGCACAUGGCCGGCGCCAACGAAUUCAACCUUGCCUAGGUAGUCUGUCUGUUUGUCUGCUCACUCACUCUGUAUAUAGCGAUCAAUAGAUAUCCCACAAUGAGAUCUUUCCGUCUUUCGACCCGGCCGCUAGCCAAUGCGUGUCCUGCACCUUCUGGUUCCGUUGGCGAUGCACCGUCGCGAGCGAGAAGUCGCGUGUCGUAACCUGCGUACCCCCAUUUGCAUUUGCAUCUGCAUCAGCAUCAGACGUAGUCGUCUCCCCAGUCAACACCCCCCCAAACCCAACCGCAUAACACCCCUCCUUAUGCCACUUCAACACCGCCAGCUCCUUCAUCGUCUUACACGAAUACAC